GGCACCGCAAGCAACAGAAUCAAGAGUUGUUCUGCAAGUUGACAACUGACUGUGUUUUCCAUAGAACAGAGAUUUAUAUAUUUUUUUUUGCUGCGUGAUUUUCACUGAAGGGGACCAUGGUUAUGUUGAAGAUCUCCGCUUUCCUCGUUGCCUACGCUCUGGUCAUCUGUCAGAUGUACAGCUCACAAGCCGCUCCUGCCAGACCGGGUUUAGAAUCCAUGUCAGACCGAGUCACGCUCACGGACUACGAGGCUCGAAGGUUACUCAACGCCAUCGUCAAGGAGUUUGUGCAGAUGACGGCGGAGGAGCUGGAACAGCAGGCGACCGAUGGAAACAGCAUGGACAGGCCCAUAGCCAAGCGCUGCUCCAACCUCAGCACCUGCGUUCUGGGUAAACUGUCUCAGGAGCUGCACAAGUUGCAGACGUUCCCUCGCACGAACGUGGGUUCGGGAACGCCCGGCAAGAAGCGCAGCCCUGACACUGACAUGUACGCAGGUUACGGCGACGCCUUUGAUACCAUCUAACCCCGAGGGCGCCCGCCACUAACCCCACCCCAACCCCGCCCUUUGAAAACCCCGCCCCCAACAGGCCCCUGGUUUACCUCGACAACUCCUAUUCCUCCUUCUUCCUCCUCUUCUUUCUUCCUCUUCCUCCUCCUCUUCCUCCUUCCUCCUGCUCUUCCUUCGUCCUCUUCCUCCUCCUCCUCUUCUGACAGCGUUGGUGAUGUUACUCAUAACAUCUAACUGGUUACUUUUGACCAAUCGCAUACUUUAAUUAAUACAUUUGAUCAUUUAUGGUUUAAACCGUGUUAUAGUUUAAAACAUAAAUCCUAAAAACACACCUGUAUUUAAAUGGAUUUAAAUCUACAGUAAUUCUAGUCUGAUUUGGAUAUUAUUAUAUACUUUAAUUAUAUAUUAUCUAAUUAUUAGAGCCAUAUUUGUCCUUUAGUGUCAUCUGAUACUGGUUCAGUUUUACAUUUGAACCAAUAGUAAAUGACUGUAAAACUAAACUAAAGUUUAUGCUGGUCGUUGUGUUUGUUUGACUUUAGUUCAAUGAGUCUGAUUUUUACUGACAGAUCGACUCAUACCAGAACAUUUGGAUGUUUAAUCAGUUCAUUUAUUGGUUGAAUUCCUGUAUCAUUACGUGGAUCGAGUCCAUCGCCAACGCCGUCUCCUGCUCAUGUUUGGAUUGGCUGAUGCAUGACCCACUGACAUGACAUGACUCUUAUUUGCUUUUUCUUCCCCUUUUUGGCAGAGAACGGUUUAAUCCCAUCAUUUCAGACAAUCAGUUUCCAUCGGUGUCAUGACGGCGCUGUCCGUUUACACUCAUCACACACCAUGUUUGUUGGUCAAUAAACGUAUUUUUCUACCAUGAAGCCUUAGCUGGUUUUCAUUCUCAGAGUUAAUUAGACCUGAUCAGACUCUGGACCAAACACGAACCAGACGUUAAACUCAUUAGAAACUCAUUCAUGGACGUAAAGUCAGAGUUUUAGAGGAUGUCACACUUUCAUCGAAUACAAAGGUAAGAAAAUCCACCAAAUGAAACAUGAAUGUUCAAUGUGACAAAUGUUACAAAUAGAAACUAGUUUUUGUGAUUAUUUUAUGACUUUUUCCUGGUUCUUUCUUUUGAUAUAAUGACUUUUUUCAACUUUUCCCUCAUAAUU